AGCACGUUCGGAAAAAAACACAGAAGAAGAGAAAACAUCACACGGAACAGAGGAAACAGAACGUGAUAUUUGACCAUCUGCAGACUCUUUACCUUUCUUUAUUAAAAAUUUAGAAUAAUGAUUGGGGUGUGUCGACUGUUGGGAACCAUAGAAAAGUGAGUGAUGGCGUAGACCAAGCAGUGGAGAUAUGAUACAAUGUCGCCAUCCAUCCUCGCUAUGACUAUGAGUGGCAGCACCAGAUGUCCCUAUUGCUACAACCUGCACAAGUACUAGGCAUAUACUUGCCCAAUGAUGGCUGGCAUUGUACAAAAAAGGAGCUUUACAAUUGCAUGGAAAAUGGAGUACAACUUCAAACCUGGAGUUGCUCCAUUCAAUACUAACAACUUGAGACCGAACUAUUUAUUUACCACGGACAACUAAAGAAUCAGAAUCUUUCAGAGAAACCUUGCCAACUCGGCCAGUUGACCAAGAUGGCUAGCAAAUCUGAGUGGAAGGAAAACCAGUUAAUGGUUGCCCUCCGGAUCCGGCCAUUGACUCCUAUGGAACUUGAAAGAGGCUCUGAAGUUGUGGCUCAUGCAGUGGAAGAUAGCGUUGUUAUUUUGAGGGAUCCGACAGAAGACCCAGAUGAUGUCCUGAGGGCCAAGAGAUCCAGAGAGAAACACUAUGUCUUUGAUAGAGCAUUUGAUGAAACCAGCACACAGGAGGAGGUGUAUUCCAUAACAACCAAGGGCCUUAUACAGCGUGUGACUGAGGGAUACAAUGCUACUGUCUUUGCUUAUGGAGCGACAGGUGCUGGUAAGACGUAUACUAUGCUUGGCACAGACAACGAACCUGGGAUCAUGGCUCGAGCUCUCAACGACCUCUUCACGGAGAUGGAAUCAAAGAAAGAAGAAAAAAUAUUCUCUGUCACCAUGUCAUAUCUGGAGAUCUACAAUGAGAUGAUCCGGGAUCUCCUCUUUCCGUCGUCGGGAUUCUUAGAUCUCAGAGAGGAUGCGUCGGGCAACGUCCAAGUAGCUGGGAUCAAGCAGAUCUCUACCACAUCAACCACAGAGAUUAUGAACCUGUUGAUGCAAGGCAACAAGGAGCGCACCCAGGAGCCGACGGCAGCGAACAAGACCUCCUCCCGCUCCCACGCCGUGCUCCAGGUCACGGUCAAGGAGAGGAGCCGGGUCCGAGGCACCGGUCAGCAGGUCAAGAUUGGCAAGCUCUUCAUGAUUGACCUGGCUGGGUCUGAGAGGGCCUCGCAGACGAAGAAUCGUGGCAAGAGGAUGAUAGAGGGCGCUCACAUCAACCGCUCGCUGCUGGCUCUGGGCAACUGCAUCAACGCCCUGUGCCUCGGUGGCAAGUACGUGAACUACCGCGACAGCAAACUGACUAGACUGCUCAAGGACUCUCUGGGUGGGAAUUGCUACACCGUCAUGAUAGCCAAUAUCAGCCCUGCAGAUUACCUCUUUGAGGAGUCCAAGAACACCUUGCUGUAUGCCGAUAGGGCCAAGAAGAUCAAACUCAAGGUGAAACCAAACCAGAUGAAUGUGAACUACCACAUAGCCCAGUAUACCAACAUCAUCACAGAACUGAAGCAAGAGAUUGAGAGACUGAAAGGAAAGAUAGCGGACCACCAGAUCGAUCCUCUCAAGGCGAAGAGCUCACAUUCUGGACCAGAGUUGUCCUCUACUCAGCAGAGCCGAGAGGAGAUGGACCAUCUAAGGCACCAGCUGAUCAGUAACUUCCAAACUCAGAUGGACAUCAGACAGAAGCUAAUGGAUGUUGAGCAAGAUACAUGGGAGUUGUCAUUAGAGGCUGAUAGAUACCAAGCCGUCUUAGCUGAUUUUGAACAGGAUAGACUGAGGCAACACGCUCCUAGUAAAUUGAGGGGAGUCACCAGUAGUAUGGGAGUGGACAUAGAUAACAAGGACAAAGAGCGUGCCCUUGAGAAGGACCUCGAGACCGAUAGCAACGGUUCAUACUCCCCUGAAGCCGAGCCUGAGGAGAUCAUGAUGGCCAGGGACAGCCUUACUACCGCUGUCUUAGCCAGGAAGCAGAAGGAAUCGGAGAGGAAGAAGCUUGAGAAACACCUGGAGAAUGUCCGUGUAGCUGCAAACAAGCUUGAAGAGGUUCUUCCAAGGAAGAUUACCAGUGGCGAGCAGAGAGAACUGCUAGAAAUGCUCUGUAAAGUUCAUGAGUUGGAGAUUGAGAAUACCGAACUGAAAUCACGAGCUCUGAUGGACAGGCAUGUCUGUGAACAGAAAGAGAGUAUCAUUCUAAGAUAUGAAAAACACAAACAGGUCUGUGAUCAGAUCAUCAGUGAACAACGCAGACUCAUAACAGAGCACAGUCUUCCAGUGCCGAUGGAGCUGGAGGAGUUGUAUGAUAAGUACGCUAUGGGGGUUAACGAGGAUCUAUAUGAAGACAUGAGAGCGCACUCAUCUAUGCAUCUACAUCUUAACAUGGAAGGCAUGAAGGUCACAAAAGCAUCGUCCACAUACAACUUGAGGAAGACAGCGAGACAGCUGCAGGAAGAGAGAGAAGAAAGCAACUCACCGGAGAAGGAAUCCGUCGAGAUCAAACAAAGCAAACCAGCUACCAAGAGGCAGCAUGCACAUUCUGAUAGUAAACCUGCCGCCUCGGGUCAGCCACGAGUGUUCCAGCCCAGCCCAAGGACCAGGCAGCUGAGAGAGAGCGGAGGUCUGGGAGCAGCCGGACCUAUACCAAGGGUGAUGGUAGAGUCACCGUACACCCCUCCAGUCACCAAACAUGAGAGUCUGGUUGAUCUCGGCUCUCACGGGACCAUCAAACACCCUACCAAGCGCCCCUACACCCCGCCCAACGGCAUCUCGGCGCACCCCGUCAAAUCCUUCAAAGAACUCAACCUCAGCGAGUCUGAGUCCGACAUCAACCGCAAGGAAAUCGUGCAAAGGACCAAGAACAUUGCCGCUGUGGCCGCCCGCAAGCGGACAUCCCAGAAAGGGAGCGAGAAGUACUCAAGACCGGAGAAAAUGAACCUCCACGACAGAGGGUUCGCGUCCUUGCGAGCCUUGGAGGAGGUCGCGGAACCCAGACUCAAUCAGGAUAGCCGACUUAUGCACAGUCGACUCUCCCAGAUCAGUAGGACGCUCUAUACAAGCUCGCCAAUAGAAUCACAUGUGAGUGACUUUGAUGAUCUAUCGUCGGUGAGAUCGUAUGAAACGAGAUCACAUGAUAACCACACUACUCCCUUGAAGAACAAGCAACCAUCGAGGUUCGCAAGGAGCGUGGCUGAGAAACGACAGAAGAGAGACUCUUUGGACCAGUUAUCCCUGAUCCCUAAGCCUGCUGCUAGACGAGGUGGAGCCGUCGCACAGAUAUCUCCUCGGAGGGUCGUUCCACAAUCCACGUCUUUCAACGCCCCAGGCGAGGGCAGCAAACCAAAUAAACGUUAUCAAGUGAAUCAAGCAGGAGAACAAGACAUUGGUACGCUGAUGGUACGGAAGACCACGCCCCCAUCCACAGUACGACAGAUCGGAGCAGACAGGGGCAAGGGGCAAACUGUCGUCAAAAGAUACAAAGGAGCCCAACCUUCAGGCGUGAUGUCGAACCACGACGCGCUCUCCGACAGGAGCACUCCCAUCCCUGCAACCAAACCCGCUAGGGGUGGCGCCCCCGUCAAGCCCGUGGCUAUCCCAUCCCAGGUUCGCAAGGGAAAUCUCUCAGUGUCGGGGCUGGCUGUCCCACGCAAGACUGUCAGCAUCGGCAGGAAGCUGUGAGCAAGGUCCGGGGGUGUCUUUAGAGGCUGAAAUCUGUAGCUUAUUUUAUAUUUACGACGUUGUGACUGCCAAAGCUUCAAGGCUGUCUAGGAUUCAACCAACAGUUUGAUUUUCGCAUAACCAAACAAUGGAAUGAAUGAAGUUUUAUGAGGAAGAAACGACAAUAUAAAACAUGCACUCCAUGAUCAUUGGAGAUCACUCCACUGCCCUUACACUUUAUUUUUGUACAUGAUGUCAUCACUGCCAAUACUUUCAGUGCUCUUUAGGAUUCACCCAACAAAUUUUAUGUAACCAAGCAGCGGAAUAAUUUAAGACUCAUAAACAAGAAACUGCUACAUUGCACCCUAUGCUUGUUAUGGGACGAUCCACUGUCCUUGCAAAUCAUGUGCGUAGCUUGAGGAUUACGCAGUUUAAGAUUACAGUGUCUUUGGAGUCCUCUUCAAGACCACACCAAGACUUUUCCCUCAAGACAAAUCUGUUGCAUAGACAUCAAUAUCAUGUGGAAGAGGAGUGAAUCAGAUGAAGACAUUUUAUACCUGCACCUAAUCAUGGGAAAUGAUAAUUUAUGAUAGACAAAUAAUUUCUUGGAGUCAUGGAGCAUGCAUGGUCGCUAUGAAUCACAAUCAUUUAUCCCUCAAUUGUCAAUGAUACAAGAACUGCAUGUACUUCAAUCAUGAAACACCACUACUUGUAUAAGUUAUUUCUAGUAUAUUAGUAAAUUUGAUCUUGUGUAUCAAUACCCAGGAUAAUGAAAGAGAUUAGUUUGAUAAUUACUUCUAAGUCAAUGUAUUAAAAUAUAUUAAUAUGAUGUAAAUAUAAUAUUAAUGAUUGCCUUAGAGGCUUUAAAUCUAUAGUCUAGCAAUACUUAUGCUUCAAUGCGAUUA